GCUGACAGUUUGGUUAUAAAUUUGCAACUCUAUCGAAUACCUUACAAUCUAAUUAUAGCAUAUGCUUUCUUUCUCUAGCAUGGUGACAUUCAAACUUCCCUUGUUUUCCAACUACACUUUCUUCUUCCUCUUCCUUUCUUUGUGCUCAGCUGAGGUACUACCUACAACGUUAUACCUUCCAGUCACUAAAGAUUCAUCAACCCUACAAUACACUACAGUAAUAGGGCAAAGAACACCUUUAGUCCCCAUCAAACUCACUGUCCAUCUUGGUGGCAUAAGUUUAUGGGUGGACUGUGACAUAGGUUAUAAUAGUUCAACUUACCAUCCAGCUCGCUGCAACUCCACACUAUGCUCUUUUGCCAAAUCUCAUUCCUGUGGAGACUGCAUAUUCAAACCUCAAAUACAGCCCGGAUGCAAUAACAAUACUUGUUAUAAUUGGGGUGAAAAUCCCUUGAUUAAUACUUAUAUGGACCGUGCAGAAAUCGCUGAGGAUGUAUUGGCAAUUGGUUCUACUCCUGGCAUCCUUGUCACUUUGCCGCGGUUUAUUUUCAGUUGUGUUGAUUCGUCUAUGUCGAAAGACCUUGCAGAAGGAGUCACAGGAAUUGCAGGUUUUGGACACCAAAGUCCAGUUUCGAUCCCUAAUCAACUCGCUUUAGACCCUAGAUUUGCCAGGAAGUUUGGUAUUUGCUUGAGCUCAUCUACAAGUUCUCGUGGAGUUAUCUUCAUUGGUUCAGGCCCAUAUAAUUUUUACAACCCUAAGAAGGUUGAUAUCUCCAACAAUCUUGUCUAUACCAAACUAAUCACAAAUCCCAGGGCAUUUUUGCAAUCUUCAGAGUACCAUAUCGAAGUUUCAUCCAUUCGAAUCGCAGGGAAAGACGUGCCACUGAAUAAAACACUGCUAUCUAUAAAUAAAAAAAAUGGAGUAGGUGGGACGAGAAUCAAAACAACGACACCUUUCACAAUCUUGGACAAUAGCAUUUACAAUGCUGUUAAAACUGCUUUUCUCAUGGCGCUUCCUAAGAAUGUGACAAUUGUAGAACCUCCCAUGAAACAAUUUGGAGCUUGCUUUAGUUCAAAAAACAUUAGAAACACAAACGUUGGACCAGAUGUUCCUGUGAUAGAUUUUGUCUUGCACAAGAAGAGUGCAUAUUGGAGGAUUUAUGGGGCAAAUUCAGUGGUACAAGUUACAAAGGAUGUUAUGUGUUUAGCUUUUGUUGGAGAAGACCAAACUUGGGAACCAUCGAUUGUGAUAGGAGGGCAUCAAAUGGAAGAGAACUUGUUGGUAUUUGACCUAGCAAGAAAGAGGAUUGGUUUCAGCUCCUCCCUCAAGCUUCAAAAAACAUCAUGUGCUAAGUAUGAUUACACCUCUAAGAGUUAAUUAAAAGUCUUUUUACUAAGGCAGAUGAUGAAUUCUUAUUUUUCAUUUCAGUUUUCCUUUUUCUUAAUCUUUUUUUAUUGUUUUUAAACUGUUUCUAUGCACGUUGGAGUCAACAAGAGUAGCAUGUUGAGCUUAUCAAAUAGAGUAAGAUAAGAGAGAUCUUUGAUUGUUAAUUUGUUGCCAUAAGUGUUCUGAAGUUAAUUUAUGUCUUUACAAGCUUUCCGUUGUGUUUCCUAUUGGCAAUAUAUAUGUCAAGUUGUACUACUUAAUUAAUUUUAUGAACAUCGUCUUCAAGAA